AUUAUGCUUAGCCUUUGUCGCGCUGCUAGUCGUAAACCUUUUGUAAGCGCAUUAUCUGUUGCUCGCGCGCACUACUCGUCUCAAUCACGCAUUACGGUUGCUAACCCUGUCGUCGACUUGGACGGUGAUGAAAUGACUCGUAUCAUUUGGUCUGACAUCAAGGAAAAGUUGAUUUUCCCUUACUUGAAGUUGGAUCUUAAGUACUACGAUCUUGGUAUGGAAAAUCGUGAUGCGACUGAUGAUCAGGUUACUGUUGAAGCAGCCGAAGCUAUCAAGUUAUAUAACGUCGGUAUUAAAUGUGCCACAAUCACACCUGAUGAAGCUCGUGUCAAAGAGUUUAAUUUGAAAAAGAUGUGGAAAUCGCCUAAUGGUACCAUCCGUAAUAUCUUGAACGGUACCGUUUUCCGUGAGCCGAUCAUCAUGAACAACGUUCCUCGUAUUGUCCCUGGUUGGACUGAACCCAUUGUCAUCGGACGUCACGCUUUUGGCGAUCAGUACCGCUCUACGGAUUUUGUGACAGAUAAGCCGGGUAAAUUCGAAAUGACAUUUACACCCGCUGAUGGUUCUGAAGCGCAAAAGUGGACCAUAUUUGAUUUCCCAGAGAAGGGUGGUGUAGGUAUGGCCAUGUACAAUACCAAUGACUCGAUCAGAGGUUUUGCCCACAGCUGUUUCCAGAUGGCUCUCAGCAAAAAGAUGCCUCUGUACAUGAGCACAAAGAACACAAUUUUGAAGAAAUACGAUGGUCGAUUCAAGGACAUUUUUGAAGAGAUCUAUCAAAGCGAGUACCGCCAAGAAUUUGAAAAGAAUAACCUCUGGUACGAGCACCGUUUGAUCGAUGACAUGGUCGCUCAAGCACUCAAGUCCAAGGGAGGAUUUGUGUGGGCUUGUAAGAACUAUGAUGGUGAUGUCCAGUCCGACAUUCUCGCUCAAGGAUACGGUUCUCUCGGCUUGAUGACCUCCGUUCUGGUUACGCCUGAUGGAAAGACAAUGGAAGCUGAAGCUGCUCACGGUACGGUCACUCGCCACUAUCGUGAAUAUCAAAAGGGUAACCCUACUUCUACUAAUCCCAUUGCCUCUAUCUUUGCCUGGACUCGCGGUUUAGGACAUCGUGCAAACCUUGACAACAACAAAGAAUUGACCAAGUUCACGUUAGAUCUUGAACAAGCUUGUAUUGAUGCCGUUCAAAGAGAUAAUGUGAUGACAAAAGAUUUGGCCUUAGCCAUUCACGGUAAAAAUCUCAAGACUGAACACUACGUGACAACGGCUGAGUUUAUGAAGCAUGUCAAAGAUAAUCUUGAUAAGACACGUCAAUAAAUUAUUAGGAUGGCAAAUGCUGUCUUUUUAUACUAUUAUUUUCUCUCUCUGGUAACUCGGCAGACAGAGCAGUUCGUUUCUUUUGAGGAGUCAACACGUCGUCUUCUUGAAUGAUAUCUGG